AGAGAGAGAGAGAGAGAGAGAGAGAGAGAGAGCGCAGGUAUCAAGGCACCUGUCUGCUUGGAAAGAGUUGCUAGGAAGUUUCUGAAUGAGCUGGAUCUGUGAAUCUUCCUGUAUUUGGUUCAUCUUCUUCUAAGCUGUAUCUGUUGUGAAAGGGUAACACUACCCAUUUCACAAAUCCCCCAUAUUCGGAAUAUAUCGAUAUGGCAGAUUUUCCUGGGAAGGUGAACACUCAGACAAGCUCGCCUCAGUCGCAGACGGAACCUAUGAAUAUAAUGAACGUAUCUGUUGACUUCAACUUCAUUAAAAGCGUGACCGGGAUACUUUUGCUGGUGGAGAUUGCUUUUGGAUUGUUGGUGUGGCCACUUAUCUCCAGCGCUUUCUACUGGUAUCCACCUGCUUAUGGCUGGGUGUUGUUUGUGAGCAUAACACUGUGGAUCUUCACCCUUGCGCUUUUCACCAUGCUCAUUUUGGGUAUAAGGCUGAAAUUGCCCUCUAUACCCUGGCCUAUAACGCUGCUGGUGUUUUAUGUGGUUGCGAGCGCCCUGUAUUUCACAGCCUUUCUGGCAAAUGUAGUUUCGAUCCAUUACUUUCAAGAUGCAACGUAUAAUCACUUGGCAGCGGGUGCGUUUUUUUCCGUUUGUGUGACAGUGGCUUAUAUAGCCAGUGCCGUUUUCGCUUACCUGGAGUGGAAGGGUGACGGAGGAAACGCAGCUAUGACUACGGUUCCUGUGUAGAGAGACACUGUGUUUAUGCUCUUACAUGGGUCUCUUACAGUCAUGAAUACUUACCGUGAUCUAAAAGGAGAUCAGAAUGGACCUUUCUGCCAUUUGACAGCAUUUUUGUGCUAUUAUGCAACAGAAAAGGGCAGCUUACCUAAACAACAUAUCUUUAAUAUAAGCUAAAACAUCUGGUUUGUACAGAACCCCUGUAGUUGAUAUACAAACAUAUUUGUAUGCUUGUAAAGUUAUACUUGUUUUUUUUGUUUUUUUUUUUACUACACCUGAUCAAACAUUCAAUUCAUGUUCAUUCAAGUUAUAAAAUAUAUUGUAAAAUGUUUUACAACACAAGUGUUUUCAUGAAAAAAUAUUCGUUAUAUAUAUUUUGCAUUUACAUUAUGCUUAUACAUUUAUUUACUUCUUUAGCGUACAGUUAUAUUUACAUAACAAGGACAUGUAAUUAUUGACAAGGAAAAAACAACAAUUAUUAUCAUUAUUUUUUUUAUAUCUAGAAGUGGGAACUGCCUACAACAUGAGCUGGAUGUAAACUGGAGUAUACAUGCACAUACUUACAAAGCCAUGAGAUUUUGUAUAAAACUUUUCAUAACACCUUUAUAAUAAAUAGGAGACUUGUUGAA